UGAUUUCGUUUGAUUGUCGUGUGUUCGUGUUCAUAAUGUGGCUAUAAGAAAUAAUAAUUGUAGCUUAAGGAAAUAUUUAUUUAGAUUGCCGAAUUUGUCUUUGAUUUUCAUGCCGUGUAUAUGCCGUAUAACGAUAAUAGAGUCUGAAUGUAACCACUGACAACAUUCUUUGCUGGCAUUCAUUCACAACUGAAUAUGCAAAAAUAUGAAAAGUUAGAGAAAAUUGGAGAAGGUACUUAUGGAACUGUCUUUAAGGCCAAGAAUCGGGAGACUCAUGAAAUUGUUGCAUUGAAGAGAGUUCGCCUUGAUGACGAUGAUGAGGGUGUACCAUCGUCUGCAUUACGAGAAAUUUGCUUGCUGAAAGAACUGAAACAUAAAAACAUAGUACGCCUUUAUGAUGUUCUGCAUAGUGACAAGAAAUUGACUCUGGUAUUUGAACACUGUGACCAAGACCUAAAGAAGUAUUUUGAUAGUCUGAAUGGUGAAAUUGAUCCAGAUAUAGUAAAGUCUUUUAUGUACCAACUUCUGCGUGGUCUUGCCUUCUGUCACAGCCAUAAUGUUCUACAUCGUGAUCUCAAGCCACAGAACUUACUCAUCAAUAAGAAUGGUGAGCUGAAGUUGGCUGAUUUUGGCCUUGCACGUGCAUUUGGUAUCCCAGUUAAAUGCUACUCAGCUGAGGUGGUGACAUUAUGGUACCGCCCACCUGAUGUUUUAUUUGGAGCCAAACUAUACACAACCUCAAUUGACAUGUGGUCUGCUGGCUGCAUCUUUGCUGAGUUGGCAAAUGCAGGAAGACCCCUGUUUCCUGGUUCUGAUGUCGAUGAUCAAUUGAAGCGUAUUUUCAAGUUGUUAGGGACUGCAACAGAAGAAACAUGGCCAGGGAUUACUCAGCUUCCAGAUUACAAGCCUUUUCCAGUGUACCAUCCAAGCAUGAGCUUUAGUCAGGUGGUACCUAAACUUAACUGCAAAGGAAGGGACUUGUUACAGCGUCUGUUGGUGUGUAAUCCACCGUUACGAUUGCCAGCCGAGGAUGCAAUGACCCAUCCAUACUUCAGCGACCUAAGCUCAGGAAUUAAGAAUGAUCGCUGCCAGUAGCAAAUCCUGGAUGUCCACUGAUCGCAUCUGGGCCAAGGGAUUCUUCAGUCUUCAGAAUAAACAGAUAGUCAGUGCUUCCAAUCAGCUGUGGCAGUUUUAUUAACCUCCAGUAUGCAUAAAAAAAGGUUUGUUGGUUAUCUGUGGAAUGACCCUCAGACUCUUCGAAGAGCAUAUCGAUCUGAAGCUCCUUCCUUUCUGUACACUGCAUUUUCUUCCUUGUAUUAACUUUGCCACUGUAAAUCUCAUGGGGACAGAGACUUUAUUUUAGUAACACACCCACUAACAAGAUUAUGCUAAUAUAAACAUUUUAGAAUUCCUUUGGGUGCUAUGUGUACAAAUUCCUGUGGGCCACCUGGUCUGUAAUCUACAAAUUUCUACCAACAUUGAGGUAGUUUCAUCAGUCUGUUGUAAUAGGACUCUGCAUUUUGUUGACAUAACCACAUCACCACACCUGUUUCGACUUCACUAUGCGACUAGUGAUUAUGGUGAUGUUUAUGAUGAUGGUUGGUGAUAGAGAUGAAGAUGCUUUUAAUGAUGGUCAUGGUGAUGAUGGAUAUAAAUAUAGUAAUGAUGGCCAUGAUGGUGAUAUCGUGAAGGUAAUGACUGUGAUGAGGAUUGCAGAGAUGGAAUGAUUCCAAUGGUGAUGGUGUAGUGAUGAGUGUGAUGGUUGUGGAAGUGGUGGUGAUUCCUGUGGUCAUGGUCAUUGGCCAUGGAUAUGUCAGGCACUGUGACUAAUGAUGGUGAUAUUGGUCCUGCUGGUGAAGACCAUGGUGUGCUGUAUUAUACCCAUGUUUUUUUUUUAAACUCGCAGCGGGUAACCGUGACAUGCUUGUCUAAAUGUCUGCAUGGUGAUAAGUUGGAAGGAUCUGAAGUGAUGGAGAAACUUAGGGCACUAGUUGUCGUGACUGUCUUUCCUCAACCCUUUCAGGCAAGUGCAUGGAUAAUACCUCAAGUUAGGCCAAGUGUGGUUCCUUCCACAUCAUUCAAAAUUCAUUAAUCAGUAACCAUUAGGGCUAUAUAGUCUGAGCUAAUAAGCAUCCAUCUUGCCCGUUUUACAACACUGCCAUUAUGUAGAAUAAAAUGUCAAAUGGUAGGAUGAUGGAUAAAUUUGAAGGAAUUUAGGAACUGGAUGUGGAGUCCAGAAUUUUCCUGCCAUGACAGAAGAAGUGGUCUUUUCUUGAAUGAUCUGAAACACUGAUCUGUUAUUUAUUAGUGGGUAUACGUAGUGGUUAUGUGUGAAAUAUGUGCUCUCCUACCUUGUGUUGGUUUUUGGAUUAUGUUUUCCACUUGAUAUGUGUCUUUGUUUUGCAUAUUUCUUUUUUCUUUUGCAGGUUGAUCUGAAAUAUGAAUUGUUUGUUGUUAUAUAUUAUUAUAGUAUGUGUUGUGGUUAGUUAUUUUUGUUAUUAAUUUGGUGUUUUUCCACACAUUAUUGUGGAAUGAGUAGCUGUAUGGGGCUAAUGCUGUGCAUGUUUGAGUCUGGAUAUUUUCUUUGUGGAUGUAGGUAUGCUAUCAGGUGUGGUACUCAAAUGUGAUUUGCAUGUCAUUGGUUAAUGUAGUGGUUGUAUACUGCAUCAAAUACAGGAUUUUUUAAAUUCAAGAGUACAUCAUCGGUUUAUUUUGUUUAUAUGUAUGGAAAAUAUUAUGUUUCACCAUAUUGUUCUUCUGUCUACAUUUUCUGGCUAUUUGUGCUACUUCCAUUGUGUCCUGUGUAUCCCAAUAUUCGUGUACUGUAUUACGUGUGUGUUGUAUGUAGGUAGAUAUGUCCUCAUUGUACCUUAGUGCAUAUGUGUAUUUAUUAUUUUUGUGUUGUUUUAAUUGUGUUUUGGUAUGGUGUUAGUAGUUUUGUAUGCUAUUUAAAUGUUGAUGUCUUGAAAUAUGUUGGUAACUUUUUUUGGUUGUCCAAAAUAUGUGAAUGUAGUUCUAUAUGUAUAAUAUAAAUUCUGUCGUAAAUGUAACACUUUAUUGUAGUUCUUGUCCCCCUUC